AGCUUUGUAAAUAAUUUUAAUCUGAGAUAUUUUAAUGAAAAACGAUAACCAGUAGUUUACAAUUUUUGUCUUUGUUUGAAAACAUCCAUAUAUAAUGUUCUUUCAAUUUGAGUAUUGUACCUAUUAAAUAACAUAUGUUUUGCUAUCCCGCAUUCUAUAUAGUUUAACAGUUGGUGCUUGAGUGAUAAAACGUUUUUUUUCUAUAUCUUAAUGAGUGUAAUAAUGACCAUUAUAACAGUCAAAAGAGUUGUGUAAUUUUCAUAUGAAAAACCAACCAUGGAAUUGCAUCUACAUGAUUAUAUUUCGCGUAAUUAAAUACAUGAAAUAAUUUAAGGACUCAGAUAUCCAGUUAAUCUAUAAUGUCAUUCAAAACCACAACCUCCAGUAAAAGAUCAAUGACCAAAAUCAAACUAAAACAAGGUUUGCAGUCCUCAUGCUGCGCACCGGGGUGUACUACGGAUAAAGGAGCCAAUAUUUCCUACUCUUUACAUCCUUUCCCGAGCGAGAUCACCGAGCCUGAACGGCAUGGAAUUUGGAAGCAACUGCUGCUGAUCGACCAGAAAGUCACCCGAUCGAACGUCGUAUGUGCAAGGCAUUUUCCAACGCAAAGUUUCGAGCAGAAUCCCGACGGAACCAGUACGAUUUUCCUGCAACCGAAUGCCUAUCCUUACGCAACAAGUAAACUGAAAAUACGAAUGGAACAACAACGUGUGGAACGGGAGAAAAUGUCUUCCGCGACUACCAAAUCUCGCGGUGGAUUAUCAGCAGUAACAAUUCAGAAUGCUACUGGAGACGAAAAGGCCACAGAUUUAGCUAUGAACCAUGAUUUAGACGAAGAAUUUCAAAUAGUAGAAAUACUUUAAAAGCUAGUGUCAAGACUAAUUCUACGUUGGUACGAAUUAAAAUGUUAGCCUAUGUAUGGUAUUCCAAGAUCUAGCCUAGCGAUGUAAUUGAAUUCAAUAAAUCGACAAUCAUUAUCGUAGAUGGAAGACAAUAAUAUAGAAACGAUUGAUUCUAACAAGAUGCUAGGAAAAUAUAAUUAAUAUUUUAGUUUAAUAUA